AUGGAGUCAGAAGAGAGGCCUGCGAAGAUGCGCAAGUUGGAGCAUGAGGAGAAUGCGGACAUCAUUCUCAACGAUGAGGUUCCUACAACAACUGCCACCGUCGACGAAUCAAAUCCCGUAACUACGGAAUCCAGCGACACAGUGGCAGCGACUGGAGAAACCCCCGUAGCAAAUGCGGAAGAACCCAAGAUUUCGAAAAACCAGUUGAAAAAGAAGAGGCGGCUGGAGCAAUGGGAAGCAGGUCGUGAAGAUCGCAAAGUCAAGCGAAAAGAAAAAGCCAAAGAACGCAAGGAACGCAAACGUGAAACUUGGAAGGAGCAGAAUACCGACGAGAACGGCAACGUACUGCCAAUGCCUCCUUCACGGUUACCGAGGCACUUCUCAGGCUUCGGUGCACAGGUGCCUAUCACCAUCAUCUUCGACUGCGAUUUUGAGGACCUAAUGUACGACGCCGAACUCAAGAGCUUGGGACUGCAAAUCACUCGAUGCUACAGCGACAAUCGAAAAGCCAAGUACAAGACGCAUCUUGCACUCAGCAGCUUUGGUGGCAAAAUGAAAGAGCGCUUCGAUGGCAUUUUGGCGAAGCAGUACACGAACUGGAAGGGCUUCCGAUUCUUCGAAGAAGACUUCGUUGCUGUCGCUGAAAAGGCAAAGGAAUGGAUGGUCGCCCCGAACGAUGAUGAAGAUAUUGGAGCAUUGAGACGACCAAGCGAAGGCUCCGCGGAAGGCAAGGAGCCGCAAGCAGGUGACGCAGACGAAGAAGGCGAGAUAGUCUACCUGUCUGCCGAGUCCGACAACGUCCUCACACAUCUCAAACCCAACAGCACAUACAUUAUCGGAGGUCUAGUUGACAAGAACCGGCACAAGGGCAUUUGUCAUAAGAGAGCCGUCAACCGAAACAUUAAGACCGCGAAACUGCCCAUCGGAGAGUACCUAGAGAUGAGGGAUAGGAAGGUACUGGUCACGAACCAUGUACUUGAAAUCUUGCUCAAGUGGAUGGAGUACGAUGACUGGGGCAAGGCCUUCAUGGAAGUCAUGCCGAAGAGGAAGGGCUUCAAGCUGAGAGAAGACGGAGAACGGGAAGAGGCUGAAUCAAACACCGGGACUCAGAAUGGCGACGAACAGGAUGAGCAGGAAAUGGAGGAUGCUGCAAAAGAGGCAGUCGAGGAGGCAGAGGGUACCACAAACGUGCCUGAGACAGAGAUCAUCGAGACUACAAAAGGGCUUCCGGUUGGCGAGACCGCCGCCGACUGA